CCCAGCCGCACGGGGCUCCCACGGCGCCGCGGCGGCUAUAAAGGGGAGGGCGCCGCGCGCCGCCCGUUCUCUGCCCGCCGGGCCGCAGUGCACGCCCCGAGCCCAGCGGUGCGGACGAUGAGCGCGGCGGGCAGCGGCUACCCCAUGGCCUCGCUGUACGUGGGCGAUCUGCACCCCGACGUGACCGAGGCGAUGCUGUACGAGAAGUUCAGCCCCGCGGGGCCCGUGCUGUCCAUCCGCGUGUGUCGCGAUAUGAUCACCCGCCGCUCCCUCGGCUACGCCUACGUCAACUUCCAGCAGCCCGCCGACGCUGAGCGUGCUCUAGACACCAUGAACUUUGAUGUGAUCAAAGGAAAGCCCAUUCGCAUCAUGUGGUCUCAGAGGGACCCCUCGUUGAGGAAGUCAGGGGUUGGGAACGUCUUCAUUAAGAACCUGGACAAAUCCAUUGAUAACAAGGCACUUUAUGACACGUUCUCAGCGUUUGGGAAUAUUUUGUCCUGCAAGGUGGUGUGUGAUGAGAAUGGCUCUAAGGGCUACGCAUUUGUGCACUUUGAGACCCAGGAUGCUGCAGAUAGAGCCAUCGAGAAGAUGAACGGCAUGCUGCUAAACGACCGCAAAGUAUUUGUUGGGAGAUUCAAGUCUCGUAAAGAGCGGGAGGCUGAGCUGGGAGCCAAGGCAAAGGAAUUCACCAACGUUUAUAUUAAGAACUUUGGGGAUGACAUGGAUGAUGAAAGACUAAAGGAACUCUUCAGUAAAUAUGGUAAGACUCUGAGUGUUAAAGUGAUGACAGACCCCACUGGAAAAUCCAAAGGCUUUGGCUUUGUAAGCUUUGAAAAGCAUGAAGAUGCUAACAAGGCAGUUGAAGAAAUGAAUGGGAAGGAUAUCAAUGGGAAAAUGGUGUUUGUAGGCCGAGCACAGAAGAAGGUGGAGCGCCAGGCAGAGCUGAAAAGGAGAUUUGAACAGCUAAAACAAGAGAGAAUCAGCCGGUAUCAGGGAGUUAACCUAUACAUUAAAAACCUAGAUGACACUAUAGAUGAUGAAAAACUGAGGAAGGAAUUCUCACCUUUUGGGUCAAUAACAAGUGCAAAGGUGAUGCUGGAAGAUGGACGGAGCAAAGGGUUUGGCUUUGUCUGCUUUUCCUCUCCAGAGGAAGCUACGAAAGCUGUGACAGAGAUGAAUGGUCGAAUAGUGGGCUCAAAGCCACUCUAUGUUGCUCUUGCACAAAGGAAAGAAGAGCGAAAGGCUCAUCUAACUAAUCAGUACAUGCAGCGCAUUGCUGGGAUGAGAGCCUUGCCAGCCAACACAAUCAUUAAUCAGUUCCAGCCUGCUGCUGGCGGUUAUUUCAUGCCUGCUGUGCCCCAGGCUCAGAGUAGACCCACUUACUAUGCACCCAAUCAGAUGGCACAGAUGAGACCCAACCCACGCUGGCAGCAAGGGGGAAGACCUCAAGGCUUCCAGGGAAUGCCAAAUGCCAUGCGCCAGUCUGGACCACGGCCAACACUGCGCCAUCUGGCCCCUGCUGGCACUGCUCCUGUCUCUCGUGGCCUCCCUGUUUCUGCCCAGCGAGUUGGUGUUUCCACUGCAGGACAGAACUUGGCUCCUCGUCCACCUGUAGCUGCUCCUGCUCCCAGAGCAGUUCCCCCUUAUAAAUACGCCUCAAGUGUCCGCAGCCCACAUCCACCUGUACAACCUUUGCAGGCACCUCAGCCUGCAGUACAUGUGCAGGGACAGGAACCACUAACAGCCUCCAUGCUGGCUGCUGCCCCUCCUCAGGAGCAGAAACAGAUGCUGGGAGAACGUUUGUUCCCUCUUAUUCAAGCUAUGCACCCCAGCCUUGCAGGAAAGAUCACAGGAAUGUUGCUGGAGAUUGACAACUCAGAGCUGUUGCACAUGCUGGAGUCUCCGGAGUCUCUCCGGUCAAAGGUGGAGGAGGCUGUUGCAGUGUUGCAGGCUCACCAAGCCAAGAAAGAAGCUGCCCAGAAGGAUGCAAAGAAGCCAAAUAGCCCCUCCCCCGAUGUCAGCUCAAGAUGUUUGCAGAUUCUGCACUGUCCUGCAGGGCUCCUCGCCGUGCGACGCAUCGCGUAGUUGCAUUGCAUUUUAUAAAUUAAUCCUUGGAAUCUUACGAACCGACUCUGCGCAGCUCUAGAUUUCCAAAACCAGAAUUGAGCUCGCAAGCUUCUCCUCUGUGAUCAGAGCGGGGUUGGUUACCCUUUGUCCUUUCUAAGCAGAACGUCGAGCAUUUCUGGUUAAAGCAUUUUGUGGUUUUGGUUUUAACUCGGAGUCCAGCGUGGGAAGUUCCGGAAAGUCUUUUGUCAAUACAGGAAUAAAAUCUUUGUCUGCACUUGUCAUCUUCCUCUCUUGGUGCGUGAUUUUGACGUGGCCGAUGGAAC